UCAUCAAAACCUCCAUUCCCUCAACCUACAGAAAAACAUAAAGAGAACUUCCUGAAUCGGCUUCACAAUCAUUUCGGAGUUUUCAUGGAAAACUUCCGUUUCCACCCAAUCACAAUAGAUCAAAGAAGUUCUAAAGAUUUAAUGUGUUGCGCUCCAACAUUGAGCCCACACAGUUUUCAUAGAGACCAGGAGCAACAGCAGAAAAAAUGAAGAUCCGCGAUCGCCUUAGAGCUUUUAAGGAAAAACUCCAUUUCCACCCAAAGGCGAUUGUGGAGAGGGAGGACCCACUAAGCCCCAUAAAGAUGACAAAGAACAUGAGACGCCUUGAACGAGACUUCAGACCUGUGGCACACUUUUUUAGAAACUUGUCUGCUUUAUCCAGCUGGCGCUCUGUGCACAUGACUUUCUGUUUUUUCUGUGUCUACAUGUGCACAGUGUGGUAUAGCUGGACCAUUCCCUCCAUCCUGCUCCUCAUGAUUCUCCACCUUUCCAUAAAUUAUCUAACUUCCAAAGGCUGGAGGAUCCCGAGGAGCAUCAUACCCGACGUGUGUGAGCCAGGGGAACAUCUAAAAGGCAACCCAAAUAUCUUACAGAUGUUCCACUUGGCUUUCGAUUCUGCUCAGAAAACUCAGAAGCUUUUUGGAAACAUGGCCGACAUCCUUGAGAAGAUAAAAAAUCUGUGCAUGUGGGUCCGGCCAGAGCUCACAGUAAAGAUCUACGUGGGACUUUGGCUGGUUUUUAUCUUCUCAUGCGUGUUUCCAUACCAGCUGCUGGGCUUUAUCAUAGGUGUUUCUGUAGGGAUCAAGUUUUUCAUCAUUGACUUGAUCUUUGAAAGGUGCUCGAAGCUGCAGCAACGGUUUGACGCCCCCUACAACUUCUGGACUAAUUUACCCACUGACCUGCAGCUGAGGGAGCUCAGAAACACCUUCCUGAGCCAGACGAGAAGAAAGUGGCGGCUGAUACCACAGCACAAAGAGAGGAGCUUUUCACGAGGCUUUCAACCUUCCGGAGAGUGAGCGGGUAUGGAGAAGAUAAUUGGACUAUUACUUUCCUGGGAAGAAGUCGGACAUAGUUGUCUCUCAAUUCCCUCAGGAUGAUGAGAGCGACUGGUUUUGGAAAGGUGUUUCAACUGAUGGAGUGCCCCUCCUGGGGACUCUCUUGUUCUGCUGGGGGACUUCAACGCUCACGUGGGCAAUGACAGUGAGACCUGGAGGGGCGUGGUUGAGAGGAACGCUCACCCCCGCCUCCCGAUCUGAACUCGAGUGGUGUUCUGUUGUUGGACUUCUGUGCUCGUCACGGAUUGUCCAUAACGAACACCAUGUUCAGGCUUAAGGGUGUCCAUAUGUGCACUUGGCACCAGGACGCCCUAGGCCCCAGUUUGAUGAUCGACUUUGUUGUCGUUUCAUUGGACCUGCGGCCGUAUGUCUUGGACACUCGGGUGAAGAGAGGUGCAGAGCUGUCCACUGACCACUACCUGGUGAUAAGUCGGCUCCGGUGGUGGGGGAGG